UCCUCUCUGAGCUCCCCUCCCUCUUCCUGAGCCCCUGUUCCCUCACAAGACCUCUCUCAAGCCCGCAUCUCCGGGCCCCACCUCAGGGCACCUCCCACAGGCACGCAGCCCCCCCAGCAGCCCCCCUCCAGCAAGUCCUCGCUGACACAGGCCUCAGUUUCUCCAGACCUGAGGGAAGACUUAUGAGGGUGGCCCGUCUGGUGCCGGCCCCUUCUCAGACCGGGAAUGGGACCUGGGGCUGGGCCCAGGAGGGUUAAUUCGGGCGUGGGGUGGGGCGGGGCGUCCAAGACGCCAAUACCGCCCGAGGGCUUCACUCCACAGCCAUGGCCGCUGGACCUGCCCACCCUGGUGGGCGCUCCUGUGCACAGAUGCCUCACCUGAGCAAGAUGGAGCGGAUGGUGUUGAGUAUGCAGGACCCCGACCAGGGCGUGAAGAUGGGGGGCCAGCGGCUGCUCAUAACAGUCAUUCCUCACGCGGUGACUGGCAACGACAUCGUGGAGUGGCUGAUCCAGAAGUACUGCAUCUCAGAGGAGGAAGCCCUGCACCUGGGCCUCCUGCUGCUGCGGCACGGCUACCUGUAUCCGCUCCGCGCGCCCUGCAGCCUCGUGCUCCAGCUCGACGGCACACUCUACAGGUUCCAGACACCCUAUUUCUGGACGAGCACUCUGUGGCUGGCUACUGAGCUGGAUUAUGCCAUCUACCUGGCCAAGAAGAAUAUGCAAAAGCAGGGGGCCCUGGCCAACCACGAGAAGGAACACUAUGACCAGCUGCACCGGAAAAUCGGCCACACGUGGGACCUGGUAGUGAUGCAGGCAAGAGAACAGCUGCGGGCAGCCAAGCAGCGCAAGAAAGGGGACAGGCUGGUCAUUGCGUGCCAGGAGCAGACGUACUGGCUGGUGAACAGGCCCCCGCCUGGGGUCCCCAGCGUGCUGGAGCAGGGUCCGGAGAGGGGAGCCUGCAUUGUCACGCGAGGGCAGAUGACCAAGAACAUGGAUUUCUAUAAAUGGGAGAUCGAGUACUGCAGGAAGGCGCUGGGCAGGAUCCGGGUGAAGUCCUCCGUCUGCCUUGAGGCGUACCUGAAGUUCAGCAGCCAACACGGGCCACAUGACCCCAUUACAUCAGGGUGCCUGCCCAGCAACCCCUGGAUCACAGACGAUGAUACCUACUGGGCCAUGAACACAUCCAGUGUGGCUGUACCCACAAAGCUCCGUGUAGAGCGAUGGGGCUUCAGCUUCCGGGAGCUCCUGGAAGACCCUGUGGGACGGGCCCAUUUCAUGGACUUUCUCAGGAAAGAGUUCAGUGCCGAGAACCUCAGCUUCUGGGAGGCGUGUGAGGAGCUGCGCCACGGAGGGCAGGCCCAGGUCCCUGCCCUGGCGGACUCCGUGUACCAGCAAUUCCUGGCCCCUGGCGCUGCCCGCUGGGUCAACAUCGACAGCCAGACAAUGGAGCUGACCCUGGAGGGCCUGUGCCGGCCCCACCGCUACGUGCUGGACGAUGCCCAGAUGCACAUCUACAUGCUGAUGAAGAAGGACUCCUAUCCGAGGUUCCUGAAGUCGGACGUGUACAAAGCUUUGCAGGCAGAGGCUGUGAUCCCCCCGGAGACAAAGAGACGAGUGUUCCCGUUCGUGUGGAGGCCGCGACAUUCGAGCCCCAGACCUGCUUUGCUUCCUGCCUCUGCCUCUGCCUCUGCCUCGGGGGACACUGCGGCUGCUGCCCACGGCCCUGGGGGUGGUGAUGGGGAGGCGUAGUUGGGCCCGAGCCUGGAGGAAGAAGCGACCGGCCUCGCCUCUUGUCACCCUUUUCUAGCCUAGGGCCCUGGCAGAGGCCAGACCCCCAGCAUGGGCACCCCUUGUGCACGGAGGGGCUGGCCUUGCUGUGGGGCACUCAGGUCUCUCUCAGGAUUCCGGGUGCCGACUUCCAGGGAGGGGUGUCAUUGGCUGAGCUUGGGUCACCUGGAGAAAUGUGGGACGAGAUGGGCUAACCAGACGAAGGCCAUGCUCCUGGUAUCAUGGUCUUCAGUUCGGUGCUAGAUGCCCACCCCCUCCCCAGAACCAUUACAUCGGUAGGGGGGCACCUGGGAGCCGGACGCACAGACAGGCUCUGCCCAGCAGGAGGAAAUUACCCACACUGCAAAGCUAAACUACCCACUCCCCUUUGCCAGCGA